AUUCAUGCGAGUCCAGUGUGGAUCUCGCGCGAGUUUCGUGCACCUAAUAUGGAGAAGUUAAAAUAUAGUUUACUAUUUUCUUAAUAGAUAAAAAGAUUAAGUAACGAUUAUAGUUGUUCAUAAUUAAAAAAAAAAUGUUUUACUCAAGCAAAUAUAACUUACAUUACAUAGAUUUAUGAAGUGAAAAAAUAUGUAACUGCGGAAUGUAUAGAAGGAGAUACGUAAUAUGCCCCACUGCUGUAAAAUACUAACGUAGAGGGGGACAAAGCCGCAUGAGGGGCCCCACCCGUGAAUAUCACAUCGUUAUGAUCGUCAGUCGUCAAUAUAUUCUAUAAAUUGUUCUAUCAACGAUUAUUGUACGCAUUUCUAACUGUCAUAUUGUAUUCUAAGUAUAUAUAUUAGUUAUAUACAAAUUAUGGCUAGUUCAAUUAGUAGCACCAAUAAUGUCUAUAAUUUCAAAGUUGUGUUGCUCGGCGAAGGAUGUGUUGGAAAAACUUCUGUUGCAUUACGAUAUGUUGAAAACAAAUUUAACGAUAGGCAUAUCAGCACAUUGCAGGCUUCUUUUUUAAAUAAAAAAUUGACUAUACAUGAAAAGAAAGUAAAUUUGGCAAUAUGGGAUACUGCUGGUCAAGAAAAAUUUCAUGCAUUGGGACCAAUUUAUUACAGAAUGUCAAAUGGUGCCAUUAUAGUUUACGAUGUUACUGAUUAUGAUACAUUCUUAAGGGUAAUAAAUUGGGUUACAGAACUUAGGAAAAUGCUAGGCAGUGGAAUUUGUUUAGCAAUAGCUGGAAAUAAAAUAGAUCUUGAAAAGGAUAGACGUGUUUAUAUCGAAGAAGCAGAAGAAUUUGCUAACAAAGCAGGAGCUAUGCAUUUUCAUAUUUCUGCUAAAUUAAAUGAAAAUAUUGAAGAAAUGUUCUUUCAAUUAACAGUACGAAUGAUAGAACAUGCAGAUCUAAUGGAACAAAAAUCUACAUUAUCAAGAACAAGUAGUAUACGUCGUAAUGUUGUUGUGGUUGAAGAUGAAGGUGAAGAAACUGAACCAAUUAAGAGUUCCUGUUGUGGUGGUUCUUCACAUACAUCUUAACUUGAGAUAUCUAUUAAAAUUGGUUUUAAUUUUGAACAAGCCAUAUAUAGAAAUAUGUGUAUAUAUAUAUGUAUGUGUGUAUAUAUGUAUGUAUAUAUAUAUAUAUAUAUAUAUACAUAUAUAUAUAUAUACAUAUACAUAUACAUAUUAAACAACAUAUAUCAUAAUUUUUAAUAUUUUAUUUUUUAAGGAAUAAAAUAUAAUGUAAGAAAAAAAUUGCGUAGCCUAAAUAAUUUAACUGAGUGUAAGGUAAGAAAUACUGAUUAUAUUUUGGGAGUUAAUUUUUAUGUAUUUCAAUAUUCAAUUACAUUGAUAGAAUCUCAGUUGACUCAUAAACCAAAUAUCUUGUUACUCAUAUAUGUCAUAUAUGCUAGAAGACAUCACAAUUAUUAGAUAUAUGUAUUUCAUAUAAAUGUAUAUAUAUUUAAAUACUAUUAUGUUUUAAUAAAAAGGUUAAUUAAUAUAUAUACGUAUUUAAUACGAUGUUAUUUCUUGAAAAUGUUGAUUCGAAUUUCAGAUUAGAUUUAAUUAGUUAAUAAUAGUUAAAUAAAAUAAAGAACUUACUAAUUACAUGCACAAUAUUUGUGAGCCUAAAAUACAAUAUUCUAUUCUAUCACAGGUACAUACAUGGAUUAAAUAUCCAUAAAUUCAUCUAUACUAGCAACAUAAACAUUAUUUCAUUAAAUGAUAAAUUCUUUUAUAUGUAUUUUUAAAUUAAAUGUAAAUAUACGAAGUGAUUAUUUAUAAAUAAGAUAAAUUUAGAACAUUAAAAUAAUUAGAAAAUUAUACAUUGUGUAAUAUUUAUAUAUAUAUAUAUAAUGACAUAUUAUUUUAAUAUUUUUUUUUAUAUAAAUAAUUAUAUAUUUAUGUAAUAUUUUUAUUCUAUUAACAAGGAAUGUAUUUGUAUCAGUUCUAUAUAGGUCUGGGUUAGUCUUUUUCCAUAACAGAGAACAUAUUAGGCAAUGAGCCUCUAUUUUAUCCCAGAAACCCAUAAUGGCAGGACUAUUUAAGAAAAUGUACAAAGAUACACAUAUUAUAAUAGAGAGAUUAUUAUAAGUCUUUCAUCUUUCAAGUGAUAACAAAUAGUAUACUAAAUAUUACAUUACAUGAUACCCUGACAAUGAUUUUAAUUUAAUUGUUAAAUUAUAAUAAAGAAUAAUGAAUUUCAUUAUUUGUUAUUAUUAUUUUAAAUCGGCAAAUAAUCAUACGA